AUGGCUGCCAACGUAUUUGAGCAGUUCGUUCGACCUCGAUCUGGAAGAGAUCAGCAUUUAUCAUUUGACCGUGCCCAAGGUUGUGGAGAUGGUCACUGCUUGGGGGUUUGCGGAUACGCGGGACAAUUCGCCGAUGGGUUGUUGAGGCGAGGGUUCACUUGUGUGCAGGUGCGACAGCUGUGCACCUGUGUGUCUCUGUGCAUAUCUGUGAUGCUAUUGAUGUUGCUGGCCAGUGCUCCCGACAAGUUGUUUGCGGGUUGCUGCAUAUCGGUGCUCUUCCCUUGCAUGUCCGUCUGCAAUGCAGGCUUUCAGGCUGCAUAUUUAGACAUCGGUGGCAAAGACAGCAGUCUAAUUCUGGCUUUCGGGAACAUGAUAGCGACACUGCCUGGCAUCGCGUCGCCAAUAUAUGGUGCGUGGGUUUUAGAAGCGACCGGGUCGUGGCAUUGUCUUUUCUAUAGUGUGGCAUGUGUUCAGGUUUUUGCAUGCGUCUUCUUUUAUAAGAACUUUGGUGUCGUGCAGAGAGUAGAUUUCAUCAAGGUCUAG